CAACCUCAACCACUUCAACUUCAACUUCAUUCCAUCAAUCAAUCAAUCCAUCAAUCAAGCAAUCAAGCAACUACAAUCCAUCCAAACAAUGAGAUCCAAUCUAUCAAUCUUACGACAAUUCUCAAGUUCUUCUAGACUAUCAGCCGCUGCUCCAACCCAAGCAUACAAGCCAUACAAAUUACCAGAUGGUACAUUCAAAGUGACUCUGAUUCCAGGUGAUGGAAUAGGUCCUGAGAUUUCAGAAUCGAUCAAAUCAAUCUAUUCAACAGCAAAAGUACCAAUCACAUGGGAAGAAAGAUCAGUGACUCCGUUUAUUUUGAAUGGUCGAUCGACUAUUCCUCAAGACGCGAUCGAUUCGAUUCGUCAAACGACGAUCGCUUUGAAAGGUCCAUUAGCCACACCCAUUGGAAAAGGUCAUGUAUCCUUAAACUUGACUUUGAGAAGAACGUUUAAAUUGUUUGCAAACGUUCGACCCUGUCGUUCUAUUCAAGGUUUUAAAACUCCUUAUGAUGAUGUUAACUCGGUUUUGAUUCGUGAGAAUACUGAGGGUGAAUAUUCUGGGAUCGAACAUGAGGUGGUAGAUGGGGUGGUUCAAUCUAUUAAACUCAUCACAAUGGAUGCAUCAGAAAGAGUAGCACGUUAUGCAUUCCAAUAUGCUCAAGACAACAACCGACCUCACGUAACAGCCGUUCACAAAGCUUCGAUCAUGAAAAUGUCAGAUGGAAUGUUUUUACAAGCUUGUAGAAAAGUUGCUCAGGAUUAUCCCAAGAUCAAGUAUGAUGAAGAUAUCCUAGACCGAGUCUGUUUAAAAGUCGUCCAAAACCCAGCUCCAUACUCUGACCGAGUCAUGGUCAUGCCCAACUUGUAUGGAGAUAUUUUGAGUGAUAUGUGUGCAGGUUUGAUUGGAGGAUUAGGUCUGACUCCGUCUGGGAAUAUCGGAACGGAUGCAUCGAUCUUUGAAGCUGUUCAUGGAUCUGCUCCUGAUAUUGCUGGUCAAGGAAAAGCUAAUCCGACAGCACUCUUGUUGAGUUCAUUGAUGAUGUUGAGACAUAUGGGAUUAAAUGAAUAUGCUACAAAGAUUGAAAAGGCGGCUUUGAGUACUAUUGCUGAAGGGAAAUUCAUUACGGGUGAUUUGGGUGGGAAAGCUUCUACACAGCAAUUCACUGAAGCUAUUUUGAAGAAAUUGUAAAACCAAAAAUCAAUGUUGAAAUAGAAUCAACUUUAUUAGAAUGAUUUUUUUUUUGGUUGAGAAAUCGAAUGGGAAAAUAGAAAAAUCAAAGUUGAUUUUUUUUUUUGGUUUUACAAAGUUUUUUCUUUUCUUAUUAUUAGAAAUUCAUAUUUGAAAUUGUUUAUAUUCCUGCGCUUUCCCUUUUUCUUUUUCUUUUCUUUUCUUUUUUUUUGUGAAGAGUUUUUUUGGAUUUGUUUUUACUUUUUGUGAGAGUUUUUUGGUUUUUUUCUAGUGAUUGGGUUGGAUUUUUUUGAAUGAAUGAAUGAAAUUAGGAUAGAAAUGUUGG